AGGAUGUGUGCGGAUGUGCUGGCGCGGUUUAUAGUGACUCGGGUGUGCUAGUGGCGUUUUAUGUGUAUUUGCUGUGAUGAAAUUAGUGAGGAAAGAUCAUGGGUGAUGUAUAUUCGUGCGCUGGAUGUUUCUCUACACGCUGUGCCUCUGAUACCUACUCAUGGACUCUUUCUUGGGCAACACGCGGCCGUUCUUCCAAGGGCUGCCAGCGUCCACCAGAGGGUAUGAUGGAUCCACUCUCAAGGACCAAGCUCAAGCCCCGCCCACGCCCACGCCCCCUGCUACGCCUACACUUCCACCUGCCCAUGUGUACCCCUACCCCGUAGGAGUGACGAGCUCAGCGCCGGCCACGAGCUUGCCCGGCUCGCUGACCCCCAGUCGACCAAUAACGCCCGCCACGCCCUCGCACAAGCCUCAUGACCACGCUCCGCCUGCGCCAUCCCACAGCGUGACAUCCUUCUUGCACCCGCCUAGCAAGACUUCAGCACCCGAGGCGCGUUUCCUUACCCAGCUGGAGCACUUACGUCAGCAAACGUCAGCAGUGGGCAGACCCACUGAUCCACUCCACGAUGCCCGAGCAUUCAGUCGGUCAUACAGCACCCAGCCUGGUCUUACAAUCGAGCACCCAUUGCCUACUAGACCCUUCAGCUCCCAGGCAGCACUGCCCUCUGCAAGCAGAGGCAUUUCUCGCUCGUACAGUACACAAGCUCCACCUUCGUUAGAAAUACGGCCAACCAGACCUUACAGCUCGCAUUCUGCUGUUGGAGCGGAUUCUAGAAUUCCUGCUGGACCCUACGGUACGCCUUCAACUCCUAACAGUGACUUAAGGGCCUACCAGUAUUCCUUUAGCACACAAGCCAUUACCGCAGACCCUCGUGUGCAUGUUGAGUCUAGAUUUCUUGAAAGACCAGAGUCUAGGUCAUUAGAUUCAAGGUCAUUGGAAGCUCGGUCUGACCCACGGGGAAGCACAAGACCUGAACAGUGGGGUCCAAGUUAUAGAGCUGAUGCGAAGUCUUUGGACAGACUGGCACCAUCCGUCCACAUUGCUGCUCCUUCUGCCAGUGUGAACGGUUCCAAGGACGCUCUUUAUCUGGGCAAAAAACCUGAUGAUAUUGGAAGUGUUAGACGACCAGAUGAGUCAUAUGUAAGAAGAAGUAGUGAAUUAUUGCAGGUUAAUGGAUCACGUGACCCACUCUAUCCCAAUGGGUCUCAGAGUGCAUAUUCAUCAGAAACACAAAGAGACCCAUCUUCCGAAAGACCAAAAGACAGCCGGCCCAAAGAAGAUUCUGCUUUGGACCUCUCCGUCAAAACUGUAAGGCAAACGCCAGACUCUACUGCUCCAGAUCCUGAAAAAAGCUACAGUAUAUCUCCUGUAAAUGCUGCAACAGUAGACAAGAAUCCUCAGAAUGAAACUCCAAGGCGAACUCCAAAUUCCACUCCAGUUUCAUCUCCUUACAGGCCUUCAAACAGAGAUCCAUCCUUAGCACAGUAUGCUGAUAUAUCAAAACUUAAUCCUGGAAUAUCAGGAGCAAGAGCAACGCCACCCAGUCAUAUACCAUCACACUUUAGUUUAAAUGCUUCUUCAAGUCCACAUACUUCAUCGAGUCCUUUAUCUCGUGGGUCUCAUUUUCUGCCUCCUUCUAAGCGACCAGGGGAACCUCUGUACUUUGACCAUUUUACAAAGUUGCAGAAAUUAAGUCACACUCCUCCAAACAAAUCGCCUACGCCAUCCCGGCACAUACCUGAAAGUCAUUUGCCCCUUCACCCAAGAGACAAGGCCCUUUAUGGUGCCCCCAAAGAAGAUCCAAAUCGUGGUUUGCAUCUUCUUGUAGCGGCCACACUUAACACAGAACAUGAUGGGAGAUAUGGCCAUGAGAUUGGUUAUGAGAGAAAGCACAGUACAGAGAGGAAGGACACAAAUAAUGACCUGAGGGAUUUAAGCCUUGAAAUAAGAGAAAGGAGAGAGUCAUCUAUAGACUUAAAAGAAAGUGAAAGAAGAGGAUUCAGCCUUGAGAGAAGAGACUCAGUGAUGGAAAGAAGAGAGCCGAGUGUUGAUCGAAGAGAUUCAAGUUUAGAAAGGAGAGAUUUGGGCAUUGAGAGAAGAAAUUCCAGCAUGGACAGAGGAGAUCCAAGUCAUGAAAGAAGAGAUUUAAGCUUAGAGAAAAGAGAUCUUGAUUCUAAGUACCUGUAUCCCAAACAUCCAGAUGUCAAACUAUCCUUAGACCAAUACAGAGCAUGGGUGCCAACCUCAGAACACUCAAAAUCUGAUAGUUUGUCUAUUGACCGGCCAAAGUAUAUUCCAGGGCAACACUCUGUACCAACUUCCGUCCCCACAACCUUACCUCAGCAAGGUUCUAGAGUCUCUCCAACUCAAGCUCCUCAUCCAUAUUCUUCCUAUGGACGACCUCCUGAUACAAGGCUACCUCAGACCCAUUACUCCCAAGCAGGACACCCCACCUCUUCUGCACACCACCAGGUUAAUGCAGCUCCGCCAUCCCAUCCAAAAAUACAUCAGCCAUACUUGCAGACACCAACCACAAGAGCACUGCAGGUCCCUGCAACUUCCAGCAGCAGUCAUUCACUGGAACCACCACAUGCUUCUGUGGUUUCUCAGUCUCAUCAUUAUCCAUAUCCAAGCAGUCACAGUUAUUCUCAGAGUGUUGCUGCUCAGUACCACCAACACCAGCAUCAGAAGCAACAACGUUCAGCUUCGCAGUAUCCACCAUUCAGUUUGCCACAGAAUUCAAAAUCAGGAUCAGCAUCUGCUAUCCCAAAUCCACAUCUAACACCUCAGCAGGCUGCCCAUCAAGCAUAUGCCUAUUCUCACCAACAACAACGUAGUGAAACACCUCAUGCAACUUAUUCUAGCAAGAGACAGAAUCAAAUAUCUCCACACCCUUCAGUUUCUCCUCACCCAUCCAUGUCUCCCCAUCCGUCUGCUUCCCCACAUCCCUCAGCAUCUCCCCAUCCUGCUGCUUCUCCCCACUCAACUGUGUCCCCCCAUGCUUCCCACCAGGGGCGAAUUCCCUCACAAUAUUCUCCUCAUCACUCACAGCGCCCACCUUCUGUCUCUGUGAGUCAACAUUCACAUAAUUAUCCAGGAACUCUACCUCCUAGUCCUUAUUCAGGUCCUCAGAGUCAUUCGGCUCACACCACACCGCCUUCAUCUCGGCCAUCCUCAGCUACACCCCAGCUGCCACACACACCUCAAGCUCUCUCAUCUCACCCUCCUCCGUCUUCUUCCAGACAGUCAGCCCAUCCAACCCCUGUGUAUCCACAUCAUUCCCACCCUGCCCCUCCUCCCCCAACUCCAUCAGCUGACAACCAGGGAAAACAGGGUCAUUCCUCCCUAGAGCUCCAUCAUCCUCAGCCUCGUCAGUCGCAGCUGCACCCUCCUCCUCCACCCCAUCCUUCUCAUUCCCAUCAGCCAUCCCAACCAUACGCUCCCCACCAUGCUUCACAGCCAUAUCCACCACCACCCCAUCCCUCUCAUCCAUAUCCUCCUGGACACUACCCAUCCCAACCAUAUCCUCCUCCUCCUCAGCCUUAUCCCUUGUCAUCUCAUCCAUCUCAGCCUUAUCCUCCACCACCACCGUCUCAGCAUCAUACAUCAGCACCUCAUUCCUCUCAGACCCAUCCUCCUCAUCAUCAUUCAUCGAGUGCUCACCCUGCCCAACCUCAGUCCUCCCAGUCACAUCCUCCUCUACACCAUGCAUCUUACCCACACCCAUCUCAGCCUUAUCCACCCCACCCCCAUCCAUCACAGGCAUCCCUUCCUCCUCCUAGUAAUUCCCAUCCCUCCCACCCACACUCCAGCCAGCCUCCCACCCCCACACAGCCUCCUCGUCCUCCAUCUUCAACCCAGUCUCAUCAGCCUACAUCCCAGUCUCGUCCUCCUUCCUCACAACCUGCUCAAAGUCCUGCAUCACAGUCUACCUCUCCUGCAUCUCAAUCUGCUGCUCAUUCAUCACAGUCUGCCCCUCCCCCGACAUCACAGGCUCCACCUACUUCAUCGCAAGAUCCUCCACAUCCCCCUCCUUCUUCAAAGGCUGCUUCUCCUUCUCACUCCCGUCCUUCUUCAGCCCAGCCUCCCACUUCAUCUACACAGCCUCCCUCAGCAGCACAUCCUAAUCAGAAUCAGCAGUCUUCGUCGGAUCCUCCACCUCCUUCGCAGUCAAACCCCCCUUCCUCUGCUGCCCAGUCUCACCCUAGUGCGAGCCAGUCAAAUGCUCCCCAGUCACAGCAUGCUCUAGAAGUGCAGCCAUCCACACAGCAUCCACCUCCUCCAACCUCCCUGACAAUGCCUUCACAUCCUCCAGCUUCUCAGCCGCCUCCUUCUUCAGCACAAUCUCAUCCACCAACAUCUCAGUCCCAUCCUUCUACAAUGCCAUCUCGUCCUCCCUCAGCACAGCAUCCUCCUCCCCCAUCACAACAUGCUCCUCCCUCAGCACAGCACCCUCCUCCACCAGCACAACAUCCUCCCCCAUCAACACAGCACCCUACUCCAGCACAGCAUCCACAUCCACCAACACAACACCCUACUGCAGCACAGCAUCCUCCCUCUUCAGCUCAGCAUCCUCCAUCAACACAUCCUCCUCCUCCAGCGCAACAUCCACCUCCACCAGCACAGCAUCCUCCUCCACCAACCCAUCAUCCUCCACCUCCUCCAGCACAGCAUCCUCCCCCUUCAUCACAGCACUCUACUCAUGCAGCACAUCAUCCUUCCUCAGCACAACAUCCACCUCCACCAGCACAACAUCAUCCUUCAUCUGCACAUCAUCCUCCUCCUCCUGCACAGCACCAUCCUCCGUCACAUCAUCAUCCUCCAUCGACACACCAUCCACCUUCAUCACAGCAUCAUUCACUCCCUUCAUCACAGCAUCCUGCUCCCCCAGCUCAGCACUCUGCUCCCUCAGCACAACAUCAUCAUCAUCAUCAUCAUCACUCCUCACAACCUGCUCCUCCUCCCACACAAUCUCAUCCACAUGCAGCACAACCUCAUCCACCACCUUCAGCACAUCCUCCUCCUCCACAGCAUCAUCAUCAUCCAUCCCAUCCUCACCCUUCAUCAUCUCAGAUGCAUUCCCUCUCAAGUAAACCUCAUCAUCCUCCAGCGCAACCACAUUCUAACAUUCCACCCUUACAAACUCAUCCUCCAGCUCACCCUCCAACCCAUAUCCAGCAUCCAACAACCCACCCUAUCCCUCCUUCAACUCAGUCACAUCCUUCCCAACCAUAUCCUCAUUAUCCAUCACAACCCUACUACUCCCAUCCUCACCCAUCUCAGGCCUAUCCCCCUCAGAGCCACCCACACUCACAUUCUUCACAAAGUCAUCCACCUGUACCACAUCAGUCCUCCCAGCCCCAUCCAUCCUAUCCUCAUCAUCCUCCUGGUCAGCCUCCUCAGUCCUCAAGUCAUUCUUCUCAUGCUCCUCCUCGGAGCCACCCUUCCCAGGGCCACCUACCCCCCCACCCACACCCCUCACAUAUGCACGUUCGCCACCCUCAUUCCCACAUGCCCCAUGCAGGUAUGUAUCCUCCCCACCCAUCCCACCCAUCCCACCCAUCCCACCCGGUGGUAAGUCAGCAUAACUCCCAGCCUCAUGGAUCUCACCCUCGACUUCCCCAUCCUUCUCAGCCUCAUGCUCAGGCUUAUCCCCCACACCCUCAGCAACCUCACUACCAGCCACCACAGCUUCCUCAUCCAGCUAUAAAGACUGAAGGAGCUGGCAGUGGGCCACGCUACCCAGUAUAUCCCUAUCCUUCUCACCACAUAAGCCAGGGUCAUGAUGUAGGGUCAGCUAGAGGCCCAGGACUUAUCAGUCCCCCACAGACAUCAGCAGCAUCUGCAAAAGCAAGACCACCUCAAGAUAUUGACCCUUCACGGAUACGUACAAAGGGGGAACAAAAAUCUUUUGAUCCUAGAAAUGCUGAGAGUGGAAAGUUGAAAAUGAACACAGAGCCAUGGCCAAGUUAUCCACCUGGUGCGCACAACACUUCACAGUCACAGCAAACAGGUGACCAAAUACCUUACAAUAGCUCAAGGCCUGUGAACCAGCCACACAUUUCAAAUAGCCAAGAAGGACCAAAGGUGGCUGCAGUAUUUGAAUUUAAGGAGGAGGAUGCUCACAAGACAGAUCAAAAUCAGGGAGGAAACAAAAUGUUGGAACCAGGCAAGGCUGCUUUGGCAGACAAGCUUCACAAGAAACUAAACAGAGCUGAAAGCACGGAGUCAUUGGUUGUGAAGAAAGAAACUGUAACAGAAUCUCCUGUACCAAAGAAAGAAGAGGUUCCUGAGGAGAAGGAUGAAUGGGCUUCUGGGUUUGACAAGCUCUUGGAAGACUUAGCAUCAAAUCCUGAAGGUGUUACAAGCAAGAAGAGUAAAACACUUGGAGCACGUUACUUGCAAAAGGUGCAGAUCCAGCAUGCUAUAGAUAAUGAUCUGAUUGCACCUCCACCUACUGCCAUUCUAGAAGAAGAAGAUGAAAGCGAACCUGAGGCUCCUGUCAAGUUCCGUGGCAAGUUCAAAAGUAUUAAAGAUAAGAAAGUAGAACGUGUGAUUCUCACUUAUGCCUCGCAUUCUGAUGAAAGUGCCAUUGACAUGAUUCCGGAUGAAGAUGCCAGUGAUUUUGAAGAAGAAUUGAAACGUGAGAUAAGAUCAAAGGACAAAAAGCGGGGUCAUUUUAAGAAGCCGAGAGGGGAUUCAAGCAGUGGUAGUGAAAGUGGUAGGAAAGAUAGUGACAGAAGAAAAAGUGGUGGACGUGGAAAGAAUAAAGAGAAUAAACCAAAUAAUAAACAGGAUUCUGAUUAUUCUGUAAGUAGUAGCAGUGAGAGUGAUAGUAGCUCUAGCUUAAGUUCAGAUGAUUCUGAUAGUGAUGAUUCCGAGUCAGAGGAGCUGGUGAGACCUCGACGAAAAGGAAAGCAGGAUUCAGACAGUGAUGUAGGGAGAAAGAAACCAAAGAGGCGAGGAAGGAAGUGGGACAGUGAUAGUAGUGACUCUGAGGAAGAGAUCAUACCAAGGAGGAGAACAAGGCGUCGCAGAAAAUCUUCAAGUGAUGAGGAUUCUUACAAACCAGUCCAGAGAAACAGAAAGAGGAAAAAGAAGCAAGACUCCAGUGACUCAGAGGAAGUGUCCUUAAAGACAAGAAGAGGAAAGAAGAAAAAUAAAUCGGAAUCAGAGGAAGAAGAAUUUGUGUCAACGAGAAGAGGUAGGAAGAAAGGUCGUAUUCCCAAUAGGAAAAAGAAAAACCGUCAGAGAGAAGAUUCUGAUGAUGACUCAGAAGAUGAAAAAGCCUUGCCAAGAAAGACAAGAGGAAUGAAGAAGAAACAGCAGGAAACAAAGAACAGAAAGAGAAGAAAAGAAUCUACUAGUGUAAGUUCAUCUUCAGACUCGGAUGAAGAGAAUGAUAGCAAAACGAAGAAAGAAAUGGAUCAAAGAAAGAAGGGCAACAUCAAAAAGGGUAGUAAGAUCUUGGAAGACUCCAGUGAAGAUUCAGAACUUCCUGCAAAGAAUAAAAAUCAUAAAAAGAGUAGUUUGAUUGUUGAUAGUGAUGAUUCAGAUGAAGAUUCAAAGAAGGAGACUAAAGAACCAGAUGAGAAAGUAGAUGAUAAAGUUGAUGAGGAGCAAAAAGCUGAGUGUAGUGUAAAGGCAGGUACAGAUAAUGAAGCAAAGGAAGGAGAAAUGCAAGCAGAAGAGGAUACAUUAGAUCUAACUGAAGAUGUGGAGUCAAAUUUAGAAGCUGAUUCGGUCAUUGAGAAACUUAACAAGAUGCGCAAUGAAGAGUUAAACAGAGAGGAUGUAUUAGAAAUGAAAGCAUGGUUUGGUGAGGUUAACAAUGAUAUCAAGAAGCAACUUUGUAAUCUUCAAGAAAUGGGCUUUAGGAACAACUGGAAGAAACCACAGUUUGGAGUAGGUGAUGAUUUCUUGCAUGGAUGGCAGACAGAUGUAAAGAAGUAUAAAGAACACACAGCCAGACUUCCCAAGAAGUUGUGCCAUUCUGUCAAGCACCAAGACACCAAUUCAUCCAAAGGAACUUCUAGAAAAGGGCGUGACCGUGACUCUGGAAAGGAUUCUCCAUCAAGACAAGGAUCGUCUUCCCCAGCUAAGAAUACGAGAAGUAAAUCUGGGAUAAUAAAGACAAGUAUGGCAGUAGCAGAAGAUGACAAACUUAAAGUAGCAUCUAGACCAGAAAUAAGUAGUGUAAUGCAAAGAUUCUUUGAAAAGGUUUUGGCUGAUUCUGAUGUAAUGUCAAAAGGUAGUCUUGCCUCCAAGAAGUUUAAUCUGGGACCAUUUCCGGCAUAUGGAGCGCAGCGAGUCCCAACAGGGCUGACUCCAACACCUUCAGUUGCUCCCUCCAUGUUAGCAAGCGAUGAUUCAGACCUGGAUUCCCUUGCAAGCAUCAGAACUGAUCUGCCAGCAUCUGAUAGUGUACCAGUUUCUAAAAGAUCCAUUGCUAGUAGUCUGCUUAAGAAGAUUGGGCGGAAAUACAAUGAUAAGAAGCUCAAUACUUUGUGCCUGGGUAAACCUCGAAGUAUUCUUGAGGCUACAAACAAACCUCAGCUCCUGCCAACUCCUGGCAUGCCUACAACAGAAAAGGACCUUGAAAAUAUGGAACCAAAUGAGAUGAAAAUUGCUACAUUUUUCAGAAAAGAAACAGUUAGUAAUUAUAGGGAUAACUUUGAGGUAGUGGUCACCAAGAAUGGCAUUAAUGAAUUCACACAAAUACUCUAUCAGUCUAGGACACGCACCAAGACCAAGCAGAUUCAGGAUGCUGCCACUGUUAGAUCUGUCUUUGGUGCAGAUAUUCCUCCUCAUCUGCUGAAGAAGGCAGAAUUAAAGAAGGCCAAGAAAACAUUAUUAAGGAAGGGAGGAAAGAAGGAUGAGGGUAAGGCAAAGGAGGAGAGUUCUCCAGUGCCUGUAAGCAGAGCUAGCACUCCAGGAGGCUCAAUGCAGGCUGCUGGGGAUGAGGACGAUGACUCAGAACUUCGCAGUGAACGUUCGGAGUCUGUCCUCGGAGAAUCAUCAGCUCCCAGUGUGACUAAGAAAGCACGGCGGAAAUUCCGCAAGUUCAGAAGUGGUUUUGAUUAUAUACGUAAAAAGAAGAAGGUCAAGGCUGAUGAUGAAGCAACACCAUCUAGGAAGCGCUUGCCUGUCAGAAAGCACGUGAAUUGGCCAGAAGAGAGCCGUGAUGUUGCAGCUGAAGUUCGAAGCUGGGUUGUCAACAAAGGUCUUGGGGAAACUGUGUUACACAAAGCUGCAAGGCUUCAGUAUCAUGAUGUGGUUGUGUACUGUGCAGAAAGUCCAGAUUUUGACAUUAAUGUGCGGGAUAAUGCCGGAUACACACCUCUUCAUGAAGCUUGCAACCGAGGUCAUUUGGAUAUUGCACAGGUUCUGUGCUCCCAUGGUGCCCAUGUCAAUGCCCCGGGAUACAAAGGAAUGCGGCCGUUACACGAAGCUGUUGAAAACGGCCACGCAGAACUGGCUCGCCUACUGCUUGCCUAUGGUGCCGACCCGAUGCUCACAACUUAUGCAGGGCAGACCUGUUUUGAUCUGUGUGCCGAUAUCCAGUGCACGCAGCUCCUUGAAGGUUUCCUUGCAGAUCUCAAGGGUCAUGAUGGCGAAAUGUGGCACUUUGCUGGUCCUACACGGCUUAGUGAUCCUGAGGAACAAGGAUGUGACAUAUUUGGCAUGAUACCAGCACCUUCUUGCAAUAAAACAUCAUCAGAAGACAAUGUGGAGUCAAGCCAAGACACUGAUGUGAAGGCAACAUCAGAUUCAGUCACCUCUAGGAACAUUACGGUGGAUGAAGCAGAUAAAGGUCAGAAGUCGGAAAAUAAAAGAGCAGACAAAGAAGAAGGAUCGUCACUGGAUGGAAAGUGUAUACAAAGUUUGUCAGAUAAAGAGCUUAGUGUUAGUGGUGGUGAGAUAGUCAAACUUAAGAGCACUGUUAAGGAAGAGCCAAAAUCUGUUGAAGUCAAAUUAGAGAGUGACACCAGCAUGACAACGGAACUGUCAUCAGAAAAUAAGGUGUUGUCCAGUGAGGAAGUGAAUAAAGAGGAUAAGGAGGAAAUUAGUGAACAGAAGGAAGAUUCAGAUAUGGAAGAUGGGUGGAACAUGCAGGUUGUAUUUGAAUUAUGUGAGUCACCCUUACUAGAUACUUAUGAGGUGGAAGGACAGCCACACAAGUAUCUGCUGUUGAAGGAACUUGUGAAGCACCUGAAAGUGACCCAAGAAGAACUUAUAAUUGCGGCAAAGACAAUUGAAACAUUAGAACUGAGUCCAGAGGAGUUUGAGAAACGUACGCACUGUUGCAUAGUUGGGUCCUGCAGCCGUGCACUUGUUGAUGACUGCUCCUCAGUGGUCCUUGUAAAGAUUACACCUUCUCUAGAGAAAUUAUUGGGUAUUGAAACUGUAAAACUUUAGUUUGAUGCUGUAUGUAUGUGAAUAGAGAUGAGAUCAAUAUUGCUUUAGACAUUUUAUAAAAAAAGCUUAUUUAAAGCCAAAAUGUAUGUGGAUCAAUAUGAACAGUUUUAUUAAAGCCUAAUGAAGGAGUCCAGAUUUUUUAGACUAUAUGUUAUCAUUCUGAACCAACAGAUGUAAAUAUGACUUUUGUAAGUUGCCCUUCAUGGCUGAAUAAGUGAUGUGAUUUUUUAGGAUUAUGAAUGAAUGAAAAAAGCUAUAUGCCAUAUUCAGUACGAAGUGUAGGAAACAUUGAUACAUGCAGAGAUAACUUGCUCUGUGAUAAGGUUUAUCAAAGAUAUACAUAUGCUGUGAUAAGUCUCAUGUAAAGCCCAAAAGUGAUAUACAGACAGCUACAGAAAAUCUUCCAAUUUAUAGAUCUUUGAGCCAACACUGGAUUCAUUGGGCUGAAGAGACGAAAUAGACUCUAAUCACGGGUUUCUCCAUAAACAUUGAGUGAAUUGAUGGUAGCUUAACGUGGUAAUUAAACCCUUCAUGCUGUACUCAGAUUUUAACGACUCUUGAUACUACGGUGAUAUCUUUUAUUAUGGCCGAUUUAUCUAGGAGGUAAAUAAAAAUUUGAGCCUGAGUAAACAUGGACCUUUUUCUACUGAGCAUCGCACUCUAUUCCUAGAUAGACUAUGUGGUUCAGGGGAGAUUUUUUUUAAUGGGAAUUUGUGUGCAAUGAGUUGUUGCAAUCUAGAGUUAUUACUCAUCCAUGCUAUCUCAAAUUAUUUAUGUUUGAGAUUACUCUGUACAAAUGAAACUGAUGAUUAUUGUAUUGUAUAUAAUGAUGAAGUUGGAUGUCGAUAUCUAACUGUGAGGAGCAGAAAUUUAUGACCAGAUUGCUGUUAAAUCAAUGUUUGAGUUGACUGAGGAAUUACUGCUACUGCUGUUGCAGCACUACAGGUAACUUUACUCUGCUUGUUCUAUGUGUGUGCAUGUGUGUGUGUAUGUAUGUGUGUAUGUGUAUCUACAUGUGCGUGUGUCUUUGUAAAUGAAGUCUUGUGCAAUUAACUUAAAUAUAUUUUCUAUGUAAUGUAAUGACAUGUAAAUAUAUAUUCAGAGUUAUAGAA